GAAGGCUGUCCAGUGCGCUGCCUCGUCCCGCUUCCGGCGGGUCUUCGUUCCGCUUCCGGUCCGACGCUGGCGUCAUUGCUAAGGGUCACAUUGAGCGUCCAGGGGCUUCAGGAGCAUCUUUAGGAGUCAGCACUAUGGCAGAGGACAUCAAGACCAAAAUCAAGAACUACCAGACUGCUCCUUUUGACAGCCGCUUCCCCAACCAGAACCAGACAAGGAACUGCUGGCAGAACUACCUGGACUUCCACCGCUGUGAGAAGGCAAUGACUGCUAAAGGGGGUGACGUCUCCAUGUGUGAAUGGUACCGGCGUGUGUACAAGUCCCUCUGCCCCAUAUCCUGGGUGUCAGCCUGGGACGACCGCCGGGCAGAAGGCACAUUUCCUGGGAAGAUCUGAACUGGCUCCACCCCACCUUCUCUGUCCUCCGCCCUUCUCCCCAGGGUGGUGAAGGGGGACCUGGGUACAUAGUGAUCCCCACCCUGGGGUCCUGAAUCAUGGCUUAACUAAUAAUAAAUACUCGUUGGAAGAGUGUAAGGCUGUGUAUGUGUAAAAGAGCUGGAUGAUGGGGCCAGAAGCUGGGGCGGAAUUAGUACCUUGACCAGUAAGAGAGACUGAAUUCAGGGUAGUUUUUUUUUUCUUUUUUUAAAUUUUUCUUUUAAUAAACUUUGACCACCUCUUC